AUGAGGCUAUAGAAGUACUAGAUAAAUCUAUAUAAUAAGAUCCAAAUAAUCAUCAAUCAUUAUGGUGUAAAGGUUAAAUAAUAAAUAAUCAAUAGGUUAAUGUUUAUUUACUUUAUUAAUUUUUACAGAUAAAAGAUUAUUAAAUAAAUAUGAGGAUGCAAUCACUUGGUUUGACAAAGCAUUAGCUUGUGAUUAGAAGCAUGUUAAUUCUUUAUUUGGAAAAGGUAGAUUGCAUCAUAAUUUAAUUAAUAGGUGAAUGUUUAAGAAUAUUGAGAAAAUAUGAUGAAUCUUUAAAAAUAUUAGAUUAAGCACUUUCCAUUAAUCCACAACAUAAUUUUUCUCUUAAAUCUAAAGGUAUAUUAUAAUAUUAAUUUAUAGGUGCAUGCUUAUUUUGA